GCUGCCGUAGUUCGCCUUUCCACGUGGGCGCCUCGUCGUCAUGGCGGCCGUUCGGAAGCCAGUGCUGCUGGGGCUUCGAGACACUGCAGUGCGUGGCCGCCCCACGGGGUCGGGCGCCUGGACCGCUAGCAAGCUGGGCGGCCUUCCGGACGCCUUGCCCUCCGUAGCAGCGCCGAGGCCAGUGUGUGAACGUUGCAGGCAGCCUCUUGCCCUGGUCGUACAGGUGUACUGCCCCUUGGAAGGCUCCCCAUUUCAUCGGCUACUGUACGUAUUCGCUUGUCCCCGCCCCAGGUGCAGCAUGGGCGGAGCGCGCAGCUGGAAGGUGUUCCGCUCCCAGUGCCUGCAGACUCGAGAGAAAGAGGCGCAGGACGCACAGGAAAACGGCCUUGCAGCUGAGGAUUGGUGUGAAGGUGCAGAUGACUGGGGAAGUGACAGUGAGGAGGUGCCACCACCACAGCGUACCUUGGAUUUUGGAAAUGAUCCCCACAGCGCCAAAGACACAGACUGUACUGCUCAGCUCCGAGAUCUCCACCUGCAGGAUACUGUCCUGGGCGCUGCUCCUCCUGUUUCUCCCGGGGAAGAGAUGGCCCUGCCUUCCCUGGCGCCCCAGUUCCUGCCCUACUACAUGUGUGUUGUAGAUGAGGAUGACUACAGGGACUUUGUCAGUCUAGACCACGCUCAUAGCCUUCUGAGGGAUUAUCAACAGAAAGAAGGAAUGGAUAUGGAACAGUUGCUUUCCCAAAGUCUUCCUGGUGAUGGUGAUGAAAAAUAUGAGAAGACCACAAUUAAAAGUGGAGAUAAGAUAUUUUACAAAUUCAUGAAGAGAAUUGCUGCUUGUCAGGAGCAGAUUUUGAGGUACUCUUGGAGUGGUGAACCACUUUUUUUGACCUGCCCUACAUCAGAAAUCACUGAGCCCCCAGCCUGCAGCUACUGUGGAGUCCGAAGGAUAUUUGAGUUUCAGCUUAUGCCAGCACUGGUCAGCAUGCUCAGAAGCACUAAUUUAGGUCUUUCUGUGGAAUUUGGAACAAUUCUAAUUUAUACAUGUGAGAAGAGUUGCUGGCCUGAAAAUUGUCAGACUCCCAUGGAAGAACUUUGUAUUAUACAAGAAGACCCAGAUGAACCGUUAUUUAAGUAGAGAAUUUCCUUUUAAUUAUAUAAAUUAAAACAAAUUUUAAUCUCCA